ACUGAAUUAAUUAGGAAUACCUCCUUCGCUGAACUACUAGCUGACGCGGAAAUGAUAAUUCCAAAUCUGAUGACCGUUGCACAUUUUGUCAAAGGUUGUUCAUCUACCCGUUUGCGAAACAGCGCGGCAUCGCGACUCAGGUUUACACAAUCGGUGAAGGUGCAUUUCAUUAUUGAGUAAUACUAUAUAUAAAGUAGCCAUAAGUCGAAAUGUAAUCUUAUCAACUUUUACUUUAAUUACAUUUUUUUGUUUUUUUUAUUUUCCAAUUUGAUUUCUCCGGAACGAGCGGUACGAUCUUUCUUUUCCUCCAUCGGCUGCGGACGCUGCUUGUAAAAAGUGGGGGGAAAAUUCAGCGCGAAUGAACACCCAUCCUGUGAAACAUUUAAAGGCGCGAGCCACAUGAACCAAAAAACCGAAACCAUCGACUCUUGAUUUUGCAAAGUUUCCCCCACGUUUCCCCCACGCUUCCCCGAGUCAGAAGCUACGUAAAAGAUGACUGUACAUAUACAUCGUUCGCAAAUAGUAAAUUGUAGGCUUCCCUUCUCCUUGAGCACAGCUGCCGAAACUGCCUUCGGUACUUCUGCAGCGACGAUUUUCUGCUGAAUUGCUAAAACAAUCUGAUUCUGCUUACCACUGACCAGUGGCAUGUGAACCAGUUACAUCACGGACACCAGACACGUCCAGCGAAUUAUAAACUUGAAGUGGACAACGAGGUAGUGCGUCAAGUUGAUCGCAAAAACGCAUUUCGCAGGCGAUUGUCUCUCCCGAGUGACAAACGUGCUGAAGUAAAGUACACGUCGGUUGUUUGGUUUCUACAUGAAAAUUAUAGUAACAUUCGUAACGUUUAAUUUGAAAAAUGAAGUGCACGGGUAUCCAAAGUAAAUAGUUAUAGUACUCGAAGUAAUAGAAAGGAAAAAAUCUAUGUUCACAUCGAUGUGAAGAAAGACGGGGAUUCUUUACUUACAACACCCUGAUCUUCGGAAAAUAUCGUUUUCCCUCAUAAUUUGCAGUGAAUGAUCGUACAGGGAAAAAUUUAAUCAGACCCCGUUCAAGUGUGGUGAACGUUUAAUGUUGUGAAAUAAUAAUCGUUCAAUGUCAUUUAUACUAUACAACAACUGACGGGAAAUGUUGGAUUGCGAAACUAAAAUUACCGUAAAUAAAAAACAAUUAGAUGAAUAUUGAAGUGGAGUCGGAAUACGUUGAGAUAUUCCGUUUGAAAAAAGACGCUUAAGGCAAAUUCAUGAUUUACUGUGACUGAAAGAAAAAACGAGCAGAACUUUUAAAAUAAUCAAUCAUGAUCUUAGUAGGACAAUUAUUGUCGAUAAUCCUUCUGGUAGGACUGAUACAGGGGAUCAAAAUCGCAUCCGCCGUAUCGGAAAAUGUGAACGUAUCAAAACCGCAACCGUCGGAAAAAAGUGAAAAAGCGCAAGUCGAAGUCGUCUACGAAAAUCAUGGAGACGACAUGCUUCCCGUCUUGUCAAGAGAUUUGACGCUCCUCGGACACGCUAUUGAAAUGAUCGACAACGAGGACUGCAGAAAUCAGUGCAAGUUAAUGAUGUCUGGAAUCCGUAAUCUGACUUCUUGGGCCGUGAAAUUUUACGAUGCGUCUGGAAAAUUUCCCGAAGGAGUACUGGGCGGUUCGUUGUACCAGUUAGGAAAUUUUGACGAAUGCCUUCAGAUCGGUCAAUCCGACGACGCACCACCGGGAGUCUAUGGCCAGUACUGUCUCGGUGAAGUCGGAAUCGGGGUGCCCAAUCUUUAUCUCGAUAGGAACGGUACCAUCUGGGACGAUUUCAGGCCUUCGAACGACAGAUCCCGGCAAACGAUCACCAAACUACACUGGGGUAUCUGCGUACCCUCGGUAUGCCAACCCCAAGAAGUCGAGAAGGUGGUCCGCACGGUUCUCGCCGUAGCCUUCAGUGGUUCUCGUUUGAAAUUGACACCGAGAAUCCCGGAGAAAUCUUGCUACAAACAGACCACUGCGGUUUACUCUCCUAUCGACAUUGUUUACACAUGCGCGUUAAUAUCGUUGACGUUUGUUCUGAUCUUCGGAACAGCCUUUCAUAUCAAAUACUUGGUGAGAAGUGAAGAAGUACCCGGAGGUUAUUUGCCUCAAUCGUUGCUGGCAUUUUCUGUGAUUUAUAAUUUCAAAAAGUUAAGAGGAGGAACGCGAUCGACAGGAAUUAAUUUGGACUGUAUUUCUGGAAUAAAAGUUACCGCUAUGAUCAUGAUAAUCGCGGGUCAUUCACUGAUUUUCGUCAUCAGCGGGCCCGUGCUCAAUAUCAAUUUUUGGCAAUACGCAGUGACCAAAGUUGAAAACGCGGUCUUCCUCAACAACCCUCUUUUGGUCGACACGUUUCUUUUGCUCAGUGGAUUCUUGGUGUCUUGUAUCCUUCUGAACGAACUGAACAAAGGAAAGAGGAUAAACUUCAUCAACAUUUACGUGAUGCGUUACGUGAGGUUAACUCCGGCUUACAUUCUCAUAAUCGGCCUCUACUUAACUUGGUUUCCGCGAAUGGAUUCGGGUCCGAUGUGGUCUCGAGUGUACCUAGAAAGAGAUAGAUGCAUGACUUCAUGGUGGGCCAACCUACUUUAUAUAAACAAUUACGUAAAUACCGACAAACUGUGCAUGUUCCAAUCGUGGUAUUUGUCGGUCGAUACCCAACUCUUCAUUUUGGCCCCGUUCAUGAUAUACCCGCUGCACAGGUGGCCGAAGAUCGGAGAAUCGAUCCUGGCAACCGCAACGGCACUUUCGAUCCUCGUUCCGUUUGUCAUCACCAUUAGGAACAGCGCAGAUCCAACGUUGAUGGUUUACAGCGCCGAACUGAAGGACAUAUCGACGAAUAACUUUUUCCUAACAAAUUACAUCAAGACGCAUAUGAGGGCGUCGUCCUACUGCUUCGGAUUGGCGUGCGGAUACAUCGUACACAGGAUACACUUGUCGGGUCAUAAGUUAUCGAACAACACAGUACGGAUGGGAUGGAUUCUCGCGAGUUUAUCUCUGAUAGGUUCUUUGCUAUCCAUCACGAUAUUUUACGGACCCAGAAGAAACUUUACACCGAUAGAAGCUGCGAUCUAUGCUUCGUUGCACAGAGCUUUUUGGAGUCUCGGUACCGCUUGGGUAGUGUUGGCCUGCGUAACCGGCAACGGAGGUGUGGUGGCUAAAAUCCUCCAAUGGAAGCCGUUUUUACCGCUCAGUCGGCUGACCUAUUCCGCCUACCUGGUGAAUGGAAUGGUCGAAUUGCACAGCGUCGCGACGACGCGAAGCCCCCAAUAUCUCAAUAACUUUAGCUUGACGCGACAGCUCAUGGCUCAUUUGACGGUCACGUUUAUGGGCGCUCUGAUUCUGUCGAUGGCCUGCGAAUCACCGAUGCUCGGACUGGAGAAGAUCGUUCUAUCCGGAGGUAGAAAAAACAACAAAAAUGAUAAAAAGGAUGAGAGCGAAGAGACCAACGCGACAGACGCCUGAAUAAUUAUAUGAAAUAAAACCGAAUUUGUAAAUAUCUACAAGUACCUGCUUCCCUUUUAUUAUAUAUACUGGAUUAUUUAUCAA